UACACGUAAAUUGAUGACGAAAUACCCACGGAAGCGGUAGAUUUUUAGGAGGAAGGAGAAGAGCAUAACAACAUCUGAACGUGUUCGAGUCUUAUUUCGAAUUUCAAUAAUUGUCUUGCAUAUUUAUAUGUAGACGAUUAUUAUUUGAGAUGGGGAAAGAGGGUUUUCUAAGCCCAAAGGCGAUCGGGAAUAGGAUCAAAGCAAAAGGUCUUCAAAAAUUGCGAUGGUAUUGUCAAAUGUGCCAGAAACAAUGUCGAGACGAGAAUGGCUUCAAAUGCCACUGCAUGUCCGAGUCCCACCAGAGACAGCUGCUGCUGGCAUCGGAGGACCCCAACAAGAUCAUGGACAACUUCUCACAGGAGUUCAAGAAUGACUUUAUUGAGCUGAUCAGAAGACGCUUUGGAACCAAGCGAGUGCAAAACAACAUUGUCUAUAACGAGUACAUCAAUGACAGAGAGCAUGUCCAUAUGAACUCCACCCAGUGGGAGACUCUCACUGAAUUCACCAAGUGGCUGGGGAAAGAGGGUUUCUGUAAGGUGGAUGAGACGCCCAAAGGCUGGUACAUCCAGUACAUCGACCGCGACCCAGAGACCAUCCGGAGGCAGGAGGAGCUGGAGAGGAAGAAGAAGCAGGACCUUGAUGACCAGGAGCGCAGUGCCAAGUUCAUAGAGGAGCAGGUCCGCCGGGGCCAAGGAGGCAGGGAGCCAGAGGAAGCACCGGUUUUCACUGAGUUGAAACGAGAAAGUGAAGAAGAGAAAAUUACCUUCAAUCUGGCCAAGGGCUCCUGUUCUUCUGCGGAUGGCCCAUCUAAAGCCAGUGUGGCCCUGGGUCCCAGUGCCCUGAAGGCAGCAGGAUCAGUGAAAAGGAAAGAUGCGCCCUCCACCUCAGAAGCCAAAGAGAAGAAGAAGAAGUCAGCCCUGGAUGAGAUCAUGGAGAUGGAGGAGCAGAAGAAGAGGUCUGUGAGAGCAGACCACUGGCUGCACCCCGGCAUUGUAAUCAAAGUUGUUACCAAGAGACUGGGGGAGAAAUACCACAAGAAGAAAGGAGUCGUCAAGGAGGUGCAGGAUAAAUACACGGCUGUAGUGAAGAUGAUUGACUCAGGGGACAAACUGAAACUAGACCAGAGUCACCUGGAGACGGUCAUCCCUGCACCAGGUAAAAGGGUCCUGGUUCUGAACGGUGUGUACCGAGACACAGAGGCCCUACUGGACUCCAUAGACGAGAGAAAGUUCAGUGCCACCCUCACACUUGACUCGGGUCGGAUGAAAGGGAGGAGGGUGGACGGGAUCGCCUACGAGGAUUUCUCCAAAAUGGCCUGAUCUAUCAUGACUUCCGUUACAUGACAGCGUAACCCAAGAGCCCCUACCCUUCCACUGAGGCCCAUCAGCCGAGGGACUCUACUGUGUCAGAGUUACUUUCUGUAAAUAUCCCAGAAUGCAUUUUCUAUGGAGGUAUCACUUCCUGAGUUAGAGUAAUGAUUAGGUGGGAAAAAAGUUAUAUUUUUAUUUUGUAUUGUUAUUAAAAUGGUUCUCUACAAAUACAUUUUAAUGUUGUAAUAUUACAACACAAUUGACCUAUGUAUUGUUUGAUACAAUGAUUGAUUGAAAAACAUUUGUAUUUUGCCAUGUAAGAUGAGGUCUGAGAAAUACAACAGUGAUUGGAAUGUUCUGGUUAAGAAGUCUGUGGGUGUACAUAAAGUUCAAAGCCGGCAGUGUAGUCUUCAUGAAAAUAAAGAAACAUUCACACA